GCGGCUGCCUCCUUUUCCGGGCCUCGGCUUCCCGGUGGCCGGUACUGCCUCGCGGACGCGCCCGGGAGCGGCGGCCGGGGCUCGGAGGCAGCGCCAGCGGUUGCACCUUAGAAAUGGAGGCCGAAGAUGGAAGUGGCAGAGAAUUGACAAUUGAUUCCAUCAUGAGCAAAGUGAGAGAUAUAAAGAAUAAAUUUAAAAAUGAAGGCCUUACUGACGAUCUGAGCCUGACUAAAGUCUCUGCUGAUACUACAGAUAACUCAGGAACUGUUAACCACAUUAUGACGAUGGCGAACAACCCCGAGGACUGGUUGAAUUUCUUGCUCAAAUUAGAGAGAAACAGUGCCCCCUUAGAUGAUGCUCUUUUAAAUAAAUUGAUUGGUCGUUACAGUCAAGCCAUUGAAGCAUUACCUCCCGAUAAAUAUGGAAAAAAUGAGAGUUUUGCUCACAUUCAAACGCGAUUUGCUGAGUUAAAAGCUAUUCAAGAACCUGAUGAUGCACGCGACUACUUUCAGAUGGCCAGAGCAAACUGCAAGAAGUUUGCUUUUGUGCACAUAUCUUUUGCACAGUAUGAGCUUUCUCGAGGUAAUUUCAAAAAAAGUAAACAACUUCUGCAAAAAGCUGUGGAAAGUGGAGCAGUCCCACUGGAAAUGCUGGAAAUUGCCAUAUGUAACCUCAACCUCAGGAAAAAGCAGCUGCUUUCAGAGGAGGAGAGGAAGAGCCUAUCAGAGUCUACCAUGUUACCGGCCCAAGAAUCCUUCUCCGGUUCUCUCGGGCAUGUGCCGAAUAGGGACCCUGGCGGAGACUCCAGAGGGUCAACCACUAAAGCCAGGUUUUUGUAUGGAGAGAACAUACCCUCACAAGAUGCAGAAAUAGGUCAUCGAAAUCCUCUGAAACAAACUAACAAAACUAAACUGUCUUGCCCAUUUGGAAGAGUUCCCGUUAACCUUCUGAAUAGCUCUGAUUAUGGAGGGGAGACGGACAUUGCAGUUGUGCCAACUUUUACAAAAAGACAGAGUUCCGGAUCAGAAAGCCGAGACUUGAUUGUGUCUGGAUCUAAACCCAAUGGAAAUGAUUCCUAUGAAUUGAGAGUUUUGAAGUCUGUUCAAAAUAUCCAUCCCAAGGAACCUGUGGUAUCAAAUGAAAAGAAUGCUGAAUUUCUUACUGAUUCAAUAACCAUAAAGACUAAAACCGAGUCAACUCUUCUAGCUAAAUUAGAAGAAGGUAAAGAGUAUCAAGAUCCAAAGAUUCUAGAAAGUGCAAAGAAACACUGGCAGUCGAUGAAAAAGUCAGAGAACCAGAACCCUGUAUUUUCAAAUCAGCGGCAUAUUCCUGAAGUAGCCCCGAAGCUUGAUACAGCGCAGAAACGUGCCACAAUUGAACAACCUGGCCUGCCCAUUUCAAAGCAGUCACCAUCAAUAUCUGCCCCUAAAUGGAUUGAUCCAAAGUCUAUCUGUAAAACACCAAGUAGAGAUAAGUUGGAUGACUAUAUGAGCUGUUUUAGAACUCCGGUUGUAAAGAAUGACUUGCCACAAGCCUGUCCAUCGUCCACCCCUUAUGGCCAGCGCACUUGUUUCCAGCAGCAAGUUCCUGCGACUCCUCUGCAACACUUACAGUUUUCAGGAUCCUCAACGAAUGAAUGCAUUUCGGUUAAAGGAAAAAUGUAUUCCAUUUUAAAGCAGAUAGGCAGUGGAGGUUCUAGUAAGGUAUUUCAGGUAUUGAAUGAGAAGAAACAGAUAUAUGCUAUAAAAUAUGUGAGCCUAGAAGAAGCAGAAAACCAAACUAUUCAUAGUUACCGGAAUGAAAUAGCUUAUUUGAAUAAACUGCAACAGCAUAGUGAUAAGAUCAUCCGACUUUUUGAUUAUGAAAUUACUGACCAGUACAUUUACAUGGUAAUGGAAUGUGGAAAUAUUGACCUGAACAGUUGGCUGAAAAAGAAAAAAUCCAUUAAUCCGUGGGAACGCAAGAGUUACUGGAAAAAUAUGUUGGAAGCAGUGCACACAAUCCAUGAGCAUGGCAUUGUUCAUAGUGAUCUGAAGCCUGCCAACUUUCUGAUCGUUGAUGGAAUGCUAAAGCUAAUAGAUUUUGGGAUUGCAAACCAAAUGCAACCGGACACGACAAGCAUUGUUAAGGAUUCUCAGGUUGGCACAAUUAACUACAUGCCUCCAGAAGCCAUCAAGGACAUGUCUUCCUCAAGAGAGGGGAAAUCCAAGUCAAAGAUAAGCCCAAAAAGUGAUGUUUGGUCUUUGGGAUGCAUUUUGUAUUAUAUGACUUAUGGGAAAACUCCAUUUCAGCAUAUAAUUAAUCAGAUUUCAAAAUUACAAGCCAUAAUCGACCCUAAUCAUGAAAUCGAAUUUCCUGAUAUUCCAGAGAAAGACCUUCAGGAUGUAUUAAAGUGUUGCUUGGUAAGAGACCCUAAGCAGAGGAUAUCGAUUCCGGAGCUCCUGGCGCAUCCCUACGUCCAGAUCCAAGCCCACGCAGGUAAGCAAGUAAUGAAGGGGAGCACUGAUGAGAUGAAACAGGUUCUGGGUCAGCUUGUUGGCCUCAAUUCUCCAAACUCCAUUCUGAAAGCUGCUAAAACUUUAUAUGAGCGCUAUAAUAGCGAUGAAAGUCACGAUUCUUCCUCAUCCAAAACUUUUGAAAACCGGUGGGAAAAAUAAUGAUAAGCAGCUACUCAUAAACUGUCAAAUAACACUAUAACAUAUGUGGGGCAGUCCCACUGCGCUCUGGAAAUCUCUGGAAAAUGUUAACUGUACAAAGUACUCUGUAGAUGAUCCUCAAGAGAAAACUGUAAAAUAGCAACUACCGAUGGCAUUGUAUAUAUUAAAUUAAAGACUUGUUUAUUUCUCUCUUU